AUGUUUGAUUUUUCCUUCCCAACGCCGGCUAGCGCUGGGACCCGAAUGGGGCCGGCCAGCUGCGAGCUGCGUUUCUCCAGGGUAGACGCCACCGCAGUCACUGAUGUCCCUUUUCAAAGGAUGCACGCUCCCCACCGGGCGCCGGAGGUGUUUUGCAGCCGCUCUGCCAGAGGCGCGGGUAGGGGGCACCCUACACCCAUCCCCAGAGUCCGCUGGGCACAGGCUGGAAAUCAGCCUCGCUGCUGUGCCCAGCUCCUCUCGGGCCGCGGGGGCUCUGGGACACAGCUUCGUGCGGGAUGGGUCCGGGGCGCAGCUGUGGGAGACCUAUUUAUUCCGCUGCUGGGGAAGGAAGAGGGAGAAGAGGAGGGGACAGUGCUUUCCUACAGGUUUACGGUGCGUAUCUCCAACAUCACAGGCAUUGUAGGUACAACAGUGAGCAAAACAAAACUAGCUCUUGUCCUCAUGGAACUUACUGUCUAGAAGGGAAGGCAGACACCAAGCUUCUAAUUGCCUGCAAUUGUGGUGUGAUUUGGCAUCAUGCACUUUGCCCAUCUUAUGGAGAAGACUGAGGCCUGUGGUUGGAAAGGGUGAGGGAGCAGCCUGCUAUCUUUAGAGAAUACAAUUUCAGCCCCAGGUUCUUCCUGUACCUCUGAUAUGGAGCUACCCUUCCUGGAUCGAAGCCGUCUGCCAAGUCAAUGGGCCUGAUGAUCAUCUGACUCUCCAAAUGCCAGAUUUUCCUCCUCCUUGCCUCAGGGAAGUGAAGGGCAGCCGAUAGCCCACCUGAGGAAUAAAAUAUGACUCCAACCUCAGUGCUCCAUGGACCUGUCAUUCUCAGCAGUGUAAAUCCUAUGGCUCAGAGAGAAGGCAGUUUGCACAAGGUAGACAGCCAGUUGUUUCAGCUAUUCCAAUCCUGCAUGUCAUGUACCUGGAAAGGGUUUCUGUACAUUCCCUCUGCCUUUCCUACUACCCCAGCAGACUGCCCUCAGCCUUACCUAUGAGUCCUAGUUAUGGAUUCCCAACCAGUAAUGCCACUGGAGCCUAGAUAAGGGGAAGUCAGAGGAGCCACCCCAACUGGAGCCCAGGCUGGAGAAAGGACCUGGCAUG